CCUCGACGGAAGAUGGGCGACAAGGAGAAGCGGCAAGUGAUCAAGCUGCACAAGCAGUUCCUGGAAGAGAUUGAUGCAUGCAAUGUUCUCGAGAGGCAGGGACUUCAGGGGUUCUCGUCAUUGGUGAAUAUCGCGCAAAGAUUGCCACUCGUAAUGAGCGAGAAAGAGUCGAAAUAUGGCGUGCUGGAUGGCAUGAACAGCAUUCGCGUCUUCUUAAAGAAGCGCCACUUUGAGUCGUUGGAGAAAACAAGCACGUACAUCGCCCAAGUAAUACAAGGUUUCUUUGAUCGCGUUGAGAAUAUGCAGCGAGCUAUGAGUACCUGCGCAGACGUGCUAGAUCGAAUGCCCAUCCAAGACCAGCAUGUGUUUGUAGUCGAGUUGAUGGAGUGGAUGGAAAACGUGCUGGCGAUGUACGAGAGAGAAUAUCCUUUUGACGAGCUGCUGCUUGUCAGCUAUAUAUCUGCCCCAAAUGUCGUAGUCUCGUUGGUUCCUUCACUACCAGUAGUACAGCAGGGCGAAAAAAGAUCUUGGGUCAGUGCCUCGAAUACUGGAAUCUACCCGACCUCCAAACAAGGCACGCGCAGUGGAUGUCAUCGAGUGUUCACGGGUGUAUCAAGGCAGAAUACGUGUCCAUGGUGGUCGAAGCAUUUGCGUCGCCAAUACCAGCCUAGUAAGGGAGAUCGUCGAGAAUGGAGCGUUCGCACCAUGGCCAAGAUCGACGAGCUUUCAGCAGCCACACGUUAACACGUUUUUCAUUAAUGCAAAUCUAAUGCGUAUCUA